AUGAGCUCCUCUAUCCACGUCAUCUUAGUCGGUACGGACGCUUUUAAGGUGGAGGGCGCGCUGCAGGGCACGGCGGUGCAUACACACCGCGCCUGGAACACGUCCUACCAGUUCUCGUGCACCUCAGCGCUGAGCGUAGACAAGGUGGACAAGCGGCUGCUGCUGCUCUGUCACGUUAUCGUGCUGUGCAAGGGCUGCCGAGUACCGGCGAGCAAAUCGAGCUACAGUGAUCGCGCAGUUCUGGCGCUGCCGGACGCGACGGCCGGCUGUGUGGAGGAGUUGCGAGACAGCGCCUUCUUCUAUGGUAUAUGUACCCUGGAGGAGCUCAAGGCGAAGGUGCUGACCAUCGGCCUCGCCCCACCGCAUAUCAUCUUCGAUGCCGCGCUUGGUUGCUUCACGCCGGUUGGCAAGGCCGCGUUCGAGCGUGCUUUUUGGCUCUUCGACCGCGACACUGAUGGAGUGCUGCGGUUGCCGGAGCUCAUUGGGUGGCGCAAGCAGGUGGAGUCAGCAGCCUACAGCGCUGAGGAGGACAUGGGCCUUUUCUUGUCCGAGUGGGGCGGCACCGUUGCGGUGGAGAAGCUGGCGGAUCAGGCGCAGUUUCUGGCCCUCCACGUCGAAUGGCUUCGGAAAGGCAAGACCCUCGAAGCGUGGGCGACGCUGCAUGCUACCGGCAUCCACCCCGACGGGCUGCCCUACUCGUGGUACGACCUGCACUCCAUCCGGGUGGAUCGGGAGACAAACACGUAUCUUUCCUCCCAUGCGAUUCAGUUCUUUACCAACUUGUAUAGACUGAAGCGGUUUGCUGACAUGGAGGACGUGUGGAGCAUCACGCCUGGGUGCCCCUGGGACGCUGUCGAGGGAUUCUUAAAGGAGCACAUUCCGAUGGUCAAGUUCGUGGAGUACUGGAAGUACAUGGCACUGAUUCGGCGCGACGAGGUGAUUCGCUACGCCCGGUACUGGGGGUACAAGGGUGAGAUCAGCUACCUCUUCACGCGCCGCACCGCCCGCGCCUACCGGCCCCUUCACGAAACUGUGCCGAACACGAUUCACGUACUCGUGGCCGGGUCGGCGCACAGUGGUCGGCGCAGUCUCAUGCAUGCCCUAACGACUGAAGGCCCGGACGGCUUCCAAAAGUCGGACCGUACGGGAGAUACAUACGUGCGGACCACCACCUUCUUUGCCGCUAAGGGCCGCGAACAGGCGGAGGAGGCACAGACGGUGGUCUACUCGACGACGUCGGCCGACGCCUGCGCGCGGCUGCUAUCCAACUCGGAGCUCUCCAAGACGAUAGACGUUGUUUUGCUUUGCUACGACGGCACUGAUAUCGAUGGCAGCGGGACGUACGCGAUGUCGCUCUACAAGCAGGUCAGCGCGACCGAUGCGUGCGAGCGGCUGCCGUUCGUCGUCGUGAUGACCAAGGCAGAUGUUGCGCAGCCUGUGGCGGUCGGCAAAGAAGCGAGGGCGGGCCAGCGUUUAAAGGAUUUCUGCCUUGCCCAUCAGUUAUUGUGGCCGCCGGUCGUCACCAGCAGUGAGCAGCCAGAUCAGAGCGAAGCCGCGUCACUGAAUGAGUACAUGUACGCCGUAGCCUCGGACCCGGCGCUCGCGGUUGGUCAACCUCCUCUCACCUACGUGCGCAUUCUUCGCCGGGUGACGUUUGUCGCUAUCGUAGCCGUCGCUGCUGCUGGAGUUGGACAGACCCUCAUCAGUGUGCUGCGGCGACGACGACGGUAG